AUUUCUAUUUACUUUCUUUUUUCCAAUCAUAUAUACUAUGGUUCAUUAUAGCCUAUCAUUGAUCAUAUCUAUCUUAUUACUAUCAACUCCAUUGUCAAUAUGUCAAGCUUCAUCCUUUAUCCAUGAAGAUUAUCUCGCCUAUCCUCGUUACAAGCUAGAACUAACGGAAAAGGGAAUACCUGAAUCUUCUGUCUUUGGUGGUCAACAUUUAAAGGAUAAACAAUUGGGUCGAUGGGAUACUCACGACUAUCAGCAUGACGUUGAACGUAACCAAGUCAUCAUGAUGACCGAUAAAUCUCAACCAUUCCUAUGCACCAUUCCCGAUGUUACUGCCCAAGAACGACAACGCACAUCAGCAGACAACAAACCAUUCUCAUCUAGGCAAGAAAUACAACGUACUAUUGAACGAGGAUUGGAUCUUUUGAAACCAAUGGGAAAAGAAUGUCUUCGCUUUUAUACCCAUGGUUAUUGGACUUAUGAAUACUGUCAUAUGCAAUAUGUUCGACAAUUUCAUAUUGAUCCUAGCAAAACGGAAGGCGAUAACUAUAUGUUCAAUGAAAAAUCAUCAUAUAUACUUGGUGUUUACCCGCAACAAAACGAAAACAACAAUAGGCACACAAAAGAUAGUCAAGAUCUUCUUAGCAAAGGAAGUCAGCAACAAGAUGAACUCAAGCAAUCUUCUUCAUUAGAUAUGACGACUCUUCGAGGUGUAGGGGAUAAACGAUUACUAGUACAACAUUGGGGCCAAGGAACACCGUGCGACAUUACAAAUCAACCUAGAUCCAUCGAAAUCCAAUUCCAAUGUGCAUUGGGUACUAAGGAUGAGAUUGAGUUCUUUGAAGAAGUAUCCACAUGCCAUUACCUGAUGAUUAUUUCAACUCCUCGACUAUGUGACGAUGUUAUGUUAGGAGCCAAGAAAGAAACGAAAGCACAUGCGAUUCAAUGCAACCCGAUUGUACCUGAACAUUUGUUAGAUGAAAUGGAAGCUCAAGUGACAAAAGAAGCAACACAGGAAGAAGUACCCAAGGAAUACCAACAAGAAGAACAAGGAGAAGAAGAAGAACAAGGAGAACAAGAGAUACUGGAUCAAAUGGCAAAAACAGAAUUGGUAGACAUGAUCUCUGACCUGGCCAGGCAAGUCGAACAACUACAAAGAUCCAUGGAUAUUGAUCAUCGAUUCCAACAUAGUCAAAUCUAUUUUAUGGAUCAACAUGGACAUUUGGUAUUGGGAUCGGCCAACAAUGAUCGUCGAGGACAACAACAUUCUGCGACAGAUGCCGCACAAGCAAUUUUCCAGCAACUUCUUUUGGAUACUGCUUCAACAAAUAAGGAUAUCAUCAAUAAAAACCGUAUGGACGAAUCCGAAACUCAACAUCAAAACAAAAAAGCUUAUGAAAAAAAUUAUUAUACGUUAGUGUAGAUAUAAUUUACAUAAAAAAAUAAAAACAAUAAAACACUUGAAAUCAUUGUUAUCAUUUUC